GCACAUUGAGUGUCUGCGCAUUGUCUGAAUCUGUCGAGAACCAAACUCAACGCGAGAGCCUCGGUCGGAUAGGAACAGAGAGUUUAAUUCGUCACCAUUACAGGCUGUGAGGACCAAGUGACUUCCUGACCCCACUGGUCUGUAGUGGUCCCACCAUGGGGAAGACUGGGAAGAGUACAGUGGAUUUAAACUCCCCGACAGAGGUCAAACAAGCGGUUCCCUUUGAGGAACUGGAUCAUGUGGCGCCCCCUGGAGAUGAAAAGAAAAAAGAAGAGCCACCCGACAGGGGGAGCUGGAAGGGAAAGUUUGAUUUCCUGCUGUCAUGUGUGGGAUACGCCAUUGGCCUAGGAAAUGUCUGGAGGUUCCCUUAUCUGUGUGGCAAGAAUGGUGGAGGGGCCUUUCUGAUCCCGUACUUUCUGACCCUGGUGUUUGCUGGGAUACCUCUCUUCCUCCUGGAGACGUCCCUGGGACAGUUCACCUCAGUGGGAGGGUUGGGGGUGUGGAAGCUCUUGCCCAUGAUGAAAGGUGUUGGUUUAGCUGCAGUGGUCCUGUCCUUCUGGCUCAACAUCUACUAUAUUAUCAUCAUUGCCUGGGCGCUCUACUACUUAUUCAACUCCUUUGGUUCGGAGCUGCCUUGGCAAAGCUGUGAUAACCCAUGGAACACAGAGAAAUGUUUUUGCAACUACAGCCUGACAGACACCACCAACCUGACCAGCGCUGUCACCGAGUUCUGGGAGCGUAACAUGCACCAGAUGUCUAGCGGCCUGGAGGAGCCAGGGGAGCUUCGCUGGCCCUUAGUGGGCACUCUGGCACUGGCCUGGGUCCUUGUCUAUUUCUCAAUCUGGAAAGGAGUGGAGUGGACGGGGAAGGUGGUGUAUUUCUCAGCCACGUAUCCCUACUUCAUGCUGUUCAUCCUGUUCUUUCGUGGGGUCACUCUGCCUGGAGCCAUUGAUGGGAUCCGCUUCUAUAUCACUCCAGACUUCCAUAAGCUCAUCCAGUCUGAGGUGUGGCUGGAUGCGGCGACUCAAAUCUUCUUUUCUUAUGGACUGGGCCUGGGCUCGCUCAUCGCGCUGGGAAGCUACAACAAUUUCAACAAUGAUGUGUACAAGGACUCCAUCAUAGUGUGCUGCAUCAACUCCUGCACCAGCAUGUUUGCUGGCUUCGUCAUCUUUUCCAUUGUAGGCUUUAUGUCCCAUAUCACUAAGAAACCUGUCCAGGAAUUAGCAGCAUCAGGUCCAGGUCUGGCGUUUUUAGCCUAUCCUCAGGCUGUCACUCAGCUACCCAUGUCCUCUCUGUGGGCCAUCCUCUUCUUCUCCAUGCUCAUGAUGCUGGGCCUGGACAGUCAGUUCUGCACAGUGGAAGGCUUCAUCACAGCUCUGAUGGAUGAAUAUCCCCUGGUGCUAAGGAAGAGAAAGAAGAUCUUCAUCCUCAUUGUCUGCUUCAUCUCCUUCAUUAUCGGCUUCUCCAACAUCACACAGGGUGGUUUGUACGUGUUCAAGUUGUUUGAUUACUACUCCGCCAGUGGGAUGUGCCUGCUCUUCCUCGUCUUCUUUGAAACCGUUUCCAUAUCCUGGUUUUAUGGAGCUGAGAGGUUUUAUAAGAACAUUGAGGAAAUGAUCGGCUAUAGACCAUGUGGCUGGUGGAAGCUCUGUUGGAAGUUCUUCACUCCAUUGAUCUGCCUGGGGGUGUUUACCUUCAGUGCCAUCGAGAUGACCCCUCUGACCUUGGGGAAGUAUGUGUACCCGCUGUGGGGCCAAGUGAUUGGCUGGUUCAUGGCCUUGUCUUCCAUGAUACUGAUCCCAGGCUAUGUCAUCUACAUGUUCUGCACCAGCAAAGGCAGCAUCAAACAGCGUUGGCGGAAGAUGACAACUGCCCUGGAGGAUGAAAAGCCAUCGGGGCAUGAAGAAUUUACACACACAGGGAGCGUGGGCGAAGCUCCUGUCUAGCCAGGAUUGUUCAGGUCGAGAUAUCUGCCAUUUAACCCUGUCUGCCAGGACUUAACUGUGGUCGACAUCGAAAUUUGACAAGUGGGCAGAUGGAGUCUUGUACAGUACUUUACGAUUAUGUUUUCGUCCAUCUUAAAUUGUGCUGUUAAAUCAGGUGAUUAAAGGAAGAAGAUGAGGGGGCACUUUGAAAAUUUUGAGGAUAGAAGAUUUCCUUUUGCAGUAAAAGUGUGAGUUCUGACAGCAAACUGAAUGCUAUAGCUCAGCAUUGAACCUGUGUACAUAUACCACAAAUAUACCAUUUAAUGUUGUAAUUUUCUCUGCUACUCAACAAAAUCAGCGUCUUUGAUUAUAAGCCCACAAAUGUUGUUGUACA